AUGGAGAGGCUGCUGGUGGAGGAUAAAGAGGUGGAGGAUGAAGAGGUGGAGGAUGAAGAGGUGGAGGAUGAAGAGGUGGUGCAGAGGAAGCCCCGCAAAGCCCCCUUCCGCCGCAUCCUCCUCGCUCUGGUCUUCAUCUGCAUCUUCUGCAUCGUGUUUGGUCUGAACCUGACACAGAGCUCCAGCUGGAGGCCGCAGCUGUGGUCACAGAGGAACUCCUCUCUGUCAGAUCCGCCCUUCAGCCUCACAGACCGACCCAGGACCAGGACCAGCACGGCCCCAGAGGGACCUCUACCAGCUCCUGAAUACAAGUCCCCUGGUCCAUACCUAGUGGAGUACCCCCACAAGUACCCCUUCCUCAUAGAGGAACCAGACAGGUGCAAAGAACUCGACCCGUUCCUGGUGCUGGUGGUUCCCGUGGCGCCGCACAACGUUGCAGACCGCCAGAUCAUCCGCGACACUUGGGGAGCGCCCGCCGUCCUGUCCAAGAAGAGGACCGCCUUGUUCUUCCUCCUGGGCCUGGGGAACCCUGAGGACCACGCACUGAUGGAGGAGAGCGAGCACCACCGGGACAUCGUCCAGAGCAGCUUCAUCGACUCCUACAAGAACCUGACGAUAAAGACCAUGGUGAUGAUGGAGUGGCUGGACGCGCACUGCCGCCACGCCGCCUACGCCAUGAAGAUCGACUCCGACAUGUUCUUUAACCCGUCCAAACUGCUGGAGGUGCUCGGGGACUCCAGGAGAGUGGACUUCCUGAGCGGCCUGGUGGAGCGCGCCGCCACAGUGCACCGCUACAGGAGCUCCAAGUGGUACGUCCCAGAGGAGGUGUUCCCUGAGAGCGUGUACCCGCCGUACGUGCUGGGCCUGGGGUACGUCUUCUCCAUGGACCUGCCCAGGAAGCUGCUGGAAGCGUCUCGGGAGGUGAAGGCCCUGUACAUUGAGGACGUGUAUGUGGGGAUGUGCAUGCGGCGUCUGGGGCUCCAGCCGCAGGACCCUCCCGCUCCCGGGGCCUUCCACGUGUUCCCGCCGCCGUACUCCAGGUGCGGCUUCUCCAGGAUCAUCGCCACCACUUUGGACACACACACGGACAGAAGGCAGCUGUGGAGAGACUUCAGCCAAACUGCACCAUACUGCCCCAGGCAGACAUGA